GGUUUCCAUGAUCCUGGGGUUGUGCCAGCCAAGGUGGUCAACAGCCACUGCUUAUAGACUUGGCAACCUCUUCUGCACCCUAUUUUCCUCCUACGCACAUGGGGAGCGAAGGUACAAGCAGCUCCCCAGCAAGUGGCCGAAGACAAGUUUGUAUUUGAUUUACCGGACUAUGAAAACAUCAAUCAUGUAGUGGUCUUCAUGCUGGGAACUGUACCAUUUCCCGAUGGAAUGGGAGGAUCUGUCUAUUUUUGUUAUCCGGACCAGAGUGGGAUGGCAGUGUGGCAGCUGCUGGGGUUUGUCACUAAUGAGAAGCCAAGUGCCAUCUUCAAGAUUUCUGGUCUGAAAUCUGGGAAGGGAAGCCAACAUCCCUUUGGUGCCAUGAACCUCCCUCAGACACCCACGGUGGCCCAGAUUGGAAUCUCAGUGGAACUGCUGGAGAACCUGGCCCAGCAGACUCCUGUUGCAAGUGCUGCUGUGUCAUCAGUAGAUUCAUUCACAGAGUUCACUCAGAAGAUGUUGGACAACUUCUAUAACUUUGCUUCCUCAUUUGCUGUUACUCAGGCACAGAUGACCCCAAACCCUUCCGAAGCUUUCAUUCCUGCAAAUGUAGUCCUGAAAUGGUAUGAGAACUUCCAGAGACGCCUGACACAGAACCCUCUCUUCUGGAAAACAUAAGCCGACACUGUGUCAGUUGAAGCACUUUCCAAACAGUGUUACCUGAAGGAUGCAGCAGUAUCUCCACUGGAGAACUUUUGGGAAAGGAAAGAACCCAUGAUUAUUCCAGAGAGACAAACCUGUAACAUUUGUAUUACUCUUGAAACUUAUUUAAAAUUAAAAUCAGUGAAAA